UUGCUAAGAGACGCCAAUGCAAUUGCUUGGCCCGUAAUUUCGUGACUUUUGUCGGGUAAUUUAAACGCAAUGGAGAUCGUUCGUGAGUACACGAAAGCCCGUAGGGACUUGGGCCGCCAAUGUCUUUUCUCUGACCGGUCGGCGGAGCUGUUAGCAGAUGUUCCUCCAGACCCCAACCUAGCGCUGCAGUUUGUGCCGAGAAUCAACAGUGUCCAGGCGCUACAAUGCUCCCGGGACAUGUCCGAGCACCAGGUGAACACAGAGAGGUUUGAAUCUGAGAGCUGUGGAAUAAACCAUGUGGAGGGAGGUUGGCCCAAAGACAUCAACCCCCAAGAGAUGGAACAAACCAUUCGUUUCAGGAAGAAAGUUGAGAAGGAUGAGAGCUACUUGAACAGUAUUAUGCAGCUGGGUGGUGUUAUCCGCUACUGUGUUGGGCAGAAUAACGCAGUGGAUAUCUAUCAAGAGUACUUUGAGGAUGAAGAAUUGGAGGAUGAAAUUCAGGAGCCACCAUCUGCUAAGACCAUCAAUGUGUUUAGGGAUCCGAACCAGGUGAAGCGAACCGUCACUUGUCUGUCAUGGCAUCCCGAAGGAGGCAGGAAGCUGGCCGCUGCCUAUUCAUGUCUGGAGUUCCAGAAAGCAUCUACAGACAUGAGCACGGACGCGUACAUCUGGGAUAUCGAGAAUCCUAACAAGCCUGAGAUGACCCUGAAGGCAGCAUCUCCACUCGUCUGUUUGGACUACAACCCCAAAGACUCACACACUCUAGUCAGCGGGAGCUACAAUGGACAAAUCGUGUUCUGGGACACCCGCAAAGGCAGCCAGCCAACGAAUGUUUCUUCUUUGGAGCAGAGUCAUAGGGACCCUGUCUAUAAGACCAUCUGGUUACAAUCCAAGACCGGGACAGAAGCCUUCUCUGCCUCCACUGAUGGACAGGUUCUAUGGUGGGACGUCCGCAGGCUGAGCGAACCCACCGAGCAGCUGGUUCUGGACCUAGGUCGAGAAGGGAACCUGGACCGGGCCUUAGGAGCCAUUUCUCUGGAGUUUGAAGCUACCAUGCCAACUAAGUUCAUGGUGGGGACCGAGCAAGGCAUUGUUGUGUCCUGCAACAGGAAGGCGAAGACCCCAGCCGAGAAAAUUGUCUGUACCUAUGAGGGUCACCAUGGACCUGUCUACGCUCUUCAGAGGAACCCUUUCUUCCCUAAAAACUUCCUCACAGUGGGGGACUGGAGGGCUCGCAUCUGGUCUGAGGACAUUAAGGAGUCGUCCAUCAUGUGGACAAAGUACCAGAUGUCAUACUUGACAGAUGCCUGCUGGAGUCCUGUCAGACCCUCCGUCUUUUUCACUGUGAAGACAGAUGGCGUGUUGGACAUCUGGGAUGUCUUGUUCAAGCAAAAUGACCCAACGCUGAGUGUCAAAGUGUGUGAUGAAGCUCUGUAUAGCCUGCGGGUGCAUGACAACGGACGCCUGGUGGCUUGUGGCUCUCAGCAGGGCACCGCUACAAUACUGGAGAUCUGCUCAGGACUGUCCAGCCUUCAGAAGAAUGAGAAGAGUCAAAUGGCUGAGAUGUUUGAGCGUGAGGCAAAGCGCGAGAAGAUCCUGGAGGCCCGUCAGAAGGAGAUGCGCCUGAAGGAGAGGAGUCGCUCCGAGCAGAGCAGAGAAGACCAGACGGGCCAAAACGGGGCGGACCAAGAGGAAACUGUCGAGCAGCUGAUUGCCAGAGCUGAGCUAGACUUUUUCACGAUAGUGGAGGCGGAGAAGAGACGGCGGGAGGAAGAUAAGAAGCAGUACCCUCUGUCGCCUGUAAAGUGAGCUGUGCGUCUCACUUUCCCCUGGAUCUCCCUCUGGACUCUGACUGCCUCCUUCGUUCCUCGACCUUUCUCUCGCCCCUGGAUUCUGACGCCUCACUCUCGCCCCGGAUCAUCUGCCUGCCUCUUGGACCCCUAUUGCCUUGCCCUCUUUGGACUUGUCUGCUCCCUCAUCCAACAGAACGGCAGAGGUGGGACCAAGUCAUUGCUUUGCAAGUCACAAGUAAGUCUCAAGUCUUUACCCUCAAGUCUCGAGUCAAGUCCCGAGUCAAUACAGGGCAAGUCCGAGUCAAGUCCAAAGUCAAGACUGGAAAGUCUCAAGUCAAGUCCCAAGUCCUGCAUUUUGAGUUUCGAGUCCUUUCAAGUCAUUUAACCACAGACUAAUAUAUUUACACAGAUUGUGUAUGCUUUUAAAACGCUGUAUUUAUUUAUUAAAACAAGUGCAUUUGAAAUUGCAGGGAAAAAGAUAGUGAUGACAUUGCACUUCAAAAUAGCACUAUUAACCAGUCAUUUUAAACAUGUAACUCAUUCCUUUACAGAAUAAACACAUUUGAAAAAAAAACAAGUGCAACUGUACUUAUUUGCACAAAAGUGUUAACAUUGUAUUUCCAUGGCAUAUUGCAUUGUAACUAGUUCCACAGCAGUUUCUAUCCUGUUCUUACCUUAUCU